AUGGCCGGAGAAGCAGACUCUGCUGCCAUGACCACCAGCAGCGCUGAUCGCAUGGUAGGCAUGGAUCACGCUGAAGUGCGUUAUUUCACGAGUUAUGAUCACCAUGGCAUUCAUGAGGAGAUGCUUAAAGACGAUGUUCGUACUAGAUCGUACCGUGACUCUAUCUACCAGAACCGUCACAUCUUCAAGGACAAGGUCGUUCUCGAUGUCGGUUGCGGAACUGGUAUUCUCAGCAUGUUCGCCGCCAAGGCAGGAGCCAAGCAUGUGAUUGGUGUCGAUAUGUCGUCGAUCAUUGAGAAGGCUCGUGAGAUUGUUGCUGUGAAUGGCUUGUCGGACAAGAUCACCCUGCUCCAGGGAAAGAUGGAGGAGGUCGUCCUCCCUUAUCCCAAGGUUGAUAUCAUCAUCUCCGAGUGGAUGGGCUACUUCCUUCUCUAUGAGAGCAUGUUGGACACCGUUCUCUACGCCCGUGACCGUUACCUUGUUCCUGGCGGCAAGAUCUUCCCCGACAAGGCCACCAUGUACUUGGCUGCCAUCGAGGAUGGCGAGUACAAGGAUGACAAGAUUGGAUUCUGGGACAAUGUGUAUGGAUUCAACUACAGCCCGAUGAAGCAGAUUGCCCUUACCGAGCCCCUUGUCGACACUGUCGAGAUGAAGGCGCUCGUUACCGACCCUUGCCCCAUCAUCACCCUUGACCUUUACACUGUCACUCCGGCCGACUUGGUCUUCAAGGUACCCUUUUCGCUUCCUGCCAAGCGCAGUGACUUCAUCCACGCAGUGAUCGCUUGGUUCGAUAUUGAAUUCGGCGCCUGCCACAAGCCCAUCACCUUCUCCACCGGUCCCCAUGCCAAAUACACCCACUGGAAGCAGACCGUCUUCUAUCUUCGCGAUGUUCUGACCGUCGAGGAGGAGGAAGUUGUUUCCGGUGUUCUCGAGAACAAGCCGAACGAUAAGAACAAGCGCGACCUUGACAUCAGCAUCUCCUACAAGUUCGAGACCACGGAUCCGAACCGUUACUCCGAGGGCAGCUGCUUCUACAGGAUGUGCUAA